AUGCAGGAGAAGCCCGAAGCGAAGAAGUUUCGUAAUAAGGCAAUACAUCCCUUUAUUGAAGAACAAUGGGAUCGUCUAUUUCGAGACACAGUUGCUACUGGGUCAGCUUGUGUAGCGCCUUCCGCCACUCAUGAAUCUUUGAACAAUAAUGAGCCUGUGAACAUAGAUGAUGAUGAAGACAAUGAGGGGGAUGUGAAUUUAGUGGAUGGAAAUGAUACUUAUUUAACAUAUUCUCACUACUCUUCUCGGUUAGAAGACUUGGAACAGGAAGAGAAUGGUUUUUGGAAUGAUUUCGUGGCUACAGUGAAUGGUAAUGAUCCGAGUCAUCCACCAAUUCUGGCCAGCUCAACUCCUAAUAUUGUCUCUAAAGGUACUCAAUCAAGUAAACCGACCCCAAUGUCCACUAAAACCAAAGAAUUGAAGCACAAAAGGAGACAAUCUGGUGGAUCUGUAAUGAUUAAACAUCACUUAGAUAAGUAA